ACUACGUAGUUCAGUUUCUUUAACUAUCAUUUUUGACAGUUCAAUUUUCGUGUUAAUUAAUGUUUAGUUUAGUUCCAAGAUCUCUUAUAUUAAAAAAAAAAAUAUGUUUGUCGUUAGUUGAAAAGAGAAGAGAAAGAAAAGGAAAAAAAACAAAAUGACUUCGGAAGAAGAUUGCCCUUGUACGGACAGGUCCGAACCUUCGAACAUGACGUCUUUACGUACUGACAUAAGUUCGAUGAUAAAUUCUUAUGAAUCUUAUGUAAAGAUUACUGAAGAAGAGAAAAAAACAGUCGAAGAACCUUACAAAAAGACUAUUAAUCAAGAAUUACCAGAAGUAAUAAAUCAUCGAGAAAUGACGCAAUUCGAGUCUGUUAUACCUUGCUAUUGUCAUGUUCCAAUAAUAAAUGGUUACACGUUACCAGUAAAGUACACAAAAGAUAAUCACCAUAAACAUCGUUCAUUUUGGUCUAGUUUUCGUAGCAAAUGGUCUGAUAAAAAAUAUCUCGAUGAUAGACAUCGAAAUUAUGAAAUUAAAUUACAACGAAAUACACCUUACAAGGUUGUAUUGAAUUAAUUCAUUGGAUAGUAUUAAUAAGAAAAUUAAAUGUUGUAAAAAACGAUAACCUUCAAAUUUUUAGUCUUUAAAUAAAAUCACGAAUGGUAAUGUAAAAACAAAACCCGAAGAGAAAAUAAAAUUUCAAGCUGACAAAUUAAGUCAAGGUGACAAAAAAAGAGAAAAUCUUGCCGAAAGAAUCGACAUUUAUUACUUCGAUCAUGGAAAUUCUGCGUAAGAUUUAAAUUGGCGAUUGUGGCGCCAUUUCUCUAUGAUGUAAUCAGUAUUACGUAGCAGUCAAGUUUCAUUCCCUUUUUCCUUUUUGUCUAUAUAUUUGAAUUGUUUUUUAGAUUAGAAAAAUCAAAAUAAUUAAUAAAUAAAUAAUUUGUUUGUAAUAGAUAUUAUCGAACAACAGAUUCACCACCUAUAUUAAAAACAGAAAAAUGUGCUGAAAAGA